UGCUAUCUUUACAACAGCCAUUCUUUUUUCUUUCUUUCUUUCUUUCUUUCUUUCUUUCUUUCUUUCUUUCUGUUUCUCUUUUUAAAUUUUCCCCUUUACUUUCUAUCUUUCUUUCUUUUUCAUUUUUCCCCUUUACUUUUUAUUUCUCUUUCUUUCUUUCUUUCUUUCUUUCUUAUCUGUCUGUCUGUCUGUCUGUCUGUCUGUCUAUCUGUCUGUCAGUCAAUCAUCUUCUUCCUUUAUUUGUCAAAUUAAAUGUAAAGAGGCUUAAAACAAAAAUAGCUUAUUAUUGUUACCAAUAUAGUGUUGCUACACAACAUCUACAAAAAAGAGAGGUGUCAUUUCAGCUAAUCUUUAUGGAGGCAUCUUAUUUUGCUGCUUGAUAAGAGUAAGUCUUGAAUGAAGGGAGAUUUAAGAGUCUUGCCGAGGAUGGGCUCGGAUAUUUCAGGAUCUCGCUGGCCUAUUGGCCUGGGGUGGAAUCCACUUCCUUAAACAGGACUCCUAAAAUUUGCUGAGACAUCAGAACACACCAUAUAUAUCCUAGUUUUUUUUUUUUUUUUUUUCUCUCUCUCUCUCGUUCUGGGGAUCACCAGUCUGUCCAGUUCUUCUUCCAAGUGUGUCCUGCCCUCUUCUUUUCUCAGGGUGAGAAGACACUAAACCUCCAAGAUGUCAGAAAAAAAAAUGACCUCUAGCCGUAGGCAGCAUCUGAAGAGCCUGGUGCUCUCCAUUGCCUUGGAGCUGCUGGAGACUGAAGCCAAGCAGCUGGUUGUCGAUAAGGAGACUUACAUGAACGAGCACUGCUCUUCUCUGGAUCUGCCGGUAUCUGUGCAAGAUCUGCAGGAAUUGUGCAAGAAGCUGCACCAACAGAUCGACAAGAUUGAUGAGGAGAGAUAUGACAUGGAAGCCAAGGUUGCCAAAACAAACAAGGAGACUGAUGAUCUGAAAAUUAAGGUGGUCGACCUAAAGGGCAAGUUUAAGAAACCCGUGUUAAAGAAAGUGCGUAUGUCCGCUGAUGCUAUGCUUCAAGCUCUGCUCGGCUCCAAACACAAAGUGUCCAUGGAUCUUAGAGCCAACCUGAAACAAGUCAAGAAGGAGGCCAAAGAAGAGUCUGUAGAACAAGUCGGUGACUGGCGUAAGAACAUCGAGGAUAAGGCUGGGAUGGAUGGCAGGAAGAAGAUGUUUGAGUCCGAGGCUUAAGAUGUGUUGUGUUUAUUCUCUCAUAUGUCUUACAUUUUCUCGGACAAAAAUCUUUCUACCCUUUCAACCUCUCGUUCCAAUAAAAAUACUUUUUUCCUGAACUAUUUUGAACAUCUUACAUAGUUACUCACAGUGUUGUAUGGCAUUAAAGAUUAGUGUGUACGUCAUACAUGCCUCUUUGUGUUUUUGCUCACAACAAUUAGAGUUCCGUAGUACUGAACAGCUUAGCGAUAGCAUUAACAUGUAAGUAUGCGUCAA